AUGGUCAACCCACCUGUAACGCCUAUUACUAUGGUUGACCCACCUGUAACAUCUAUUACUAUGGUUAACCCACCUGUAACACCUGCGUUUGACCCAGCUGCAACACAUCCGAUUGAUCCACCUAUAACUAAACUUUCUUCAACGUCAAAAUCAUAUACACGACCUAGCACCGGUAAAAAAUCGUCGUCUACGACUAAAUCUUCGAAUAAACCGUAUACACGAACUAGAGGUCGACGCAGAGUAACGGACUUGGCAAAAGAUAUGUUGACCGAUUUGAAUGAAUCAGAUCAGUCUCCUGUUACCUCUCUUGAUGAUCACCUUCAACCUGAAUAA